AACUCCACUCACUGCGGGAGCCGCUUACAGCGCUGAUGUAUCCACUCAUGGAUAGACAUUCAGUAGCCAUCGUUUGCACCUUCUCCUGGACAACAACCACAGAAACCCGGCGCUCGAGAAAUUAUGAAUUUCACAAUGCGCGAAACUUGCCGUAAAUCCCGCUCGCGGUGCAUUUGAGAAGUUGUCUGGCUAUCCCAGGACGGAACAGAAGUGGGAUAGGACAUGGAUAUUUCUCAGUCGUCUGUCAGUUUCUGGUUUGAGAGUAUAGGACUGACCACUACUUAAGCUGUUAAUUGUGGAGAAACGUAAAGAAAAACGAAAAAGUGGGCAUGCCACCCAAGAAAAAGGGUUCGACGGACCGUCAAGACACAGGGGCCACUGAGGAGAAGGAGAAGAAUGCCCAAGUCCAGCUGGAGAAGGCUAAGUAUAAGCCUGUUGCUUUCGCUGUACGCACAAACUUCACCUACACUCCUGCAGAUGACGACAACAUCCCUAUACCAGGGCAUGGAGUUUCCUUUGAGGCUAAAGACUUCCUACAUAUCAAAGAGAAAUUUAAUAAUGACUGGUGGAUUGGGCGGCCUGUAAAGGAUGGGGGAGAGGUUGGUUUUAUCCCCAGCCCAGUGAACCUGGAGACCAUUCUGAUCAGGAGAGAGGUGCAGGCCAGGAAGGCCGCCAAAGCACUAGCCAAUAAAGCGGCAAGUUCUGCCAAAGAUGAUAUGAAUGCAAAGAAAGUGGCUCCACCACAAACAGUUCAGCAAGUGAAGAAGAAAUCGGGAGAGCAACUGGCUGCAUAUGAUGUUGUGCCUUCCAUGCGUCCUGUGGUGCUCAUGGGGCCUUCACUCAAGGGCUAUGAGGUUACAGACAUGAUGCAAAAAGCUCUCUUUGAUUUUUUAAAACACAGAUUUGAAGGAAGAAUAACUAUAACCCGGGUGACGGCAGAUAUUGCACUUGCCAAACGGUCUAUCCUGAACAACCCCAGCAAGCACGCCAUAAUGGAUCGCUCCAACACCCGCUCCAGCUUAGCCCAAAUUCAAGGAGAAGUAGAGAGGAUUUUUGAGUUAGCCCGCAGUCUACAGCUCGUGGUUCUGGAUGCAGACACCAUUAACCACCCUCUCCAGCUUAGCAAGACCUCAUUGGCCCCAAUCCUGGUUUAUGUCAAGAUUUCAUCACCUAAGGUCCUCACAAGAUUGAUUAAGACCAGGGGCAAGUCUCAGACUAAACAUUUGAAUGUUCAGAUGGUGGCUGCAGACAAACUGGCCCAGUGUCCUAAUGAGCUCUUUGAUGUCAUCUUGGAUGAGAACCAGCUCACAGAUGCCUGUGAGCACAUCGCUGAUUACCUGGAGGCCUACUGGAGAGCCACUCACCCUCCUGAAAUGGAGCCUUCCAAUCCCAUGCUGGAGAAACUGGCAGAAAACACACUCCCCACAAGCCCCACACCUGCUAAGGACGAGCAGAAAACCAAGAAGAUGGCUGCCACCAAGAGGAAAGGAUCACAGGAGCACCAGCAGGAGCAUCUGCCCCAGGCCCAGGAGAUGAGAGAGAAGGAGGAGGAGGAGGCAGAGGAGGAAGAGGAGGAAGUGCAGGAGGAGGCAGAGGAGGAGGAGAGACUACUUCGUAGUGAGCCAAAGAGACACAGCCAUCACCACCAUCAUCAUCAUCACCAUCGGUCCAGCACCAACCGAAAUGAGUACCACAACAAACACCAGCACCACCAAGUGCACCACCAGCAUCCCGUUGUCACGGAGCUGCUGCCCACUAAAGACUCUUUGUACACGGAGCCCCAGAGCAGGCAUGUGCUCCUGGACGAGGACGAUCUGGACCAAACCGAGGUCUACCAAAACAGGACUACAACUCACAGAGACCAUAACCACCACCAUCACAACCAUCGCCAUCGUCAUCAUCAACACUGGCGUGGGACUACAGACGAUGCAAUGGAUUAUUCCCACCAUGGACAGCAGGACUAUGAGCUGGAGCACAAUGAGCGUAACAGGCAACAGAGACACAAGGGCCAGCUGCGCUCGCACGAAGAACAUCAUUACAGUCACCCUCGUCACAAUCAAUACCACUACCAGGGACAGGAGCGGGACAGAGACAGAGAGAGGGACAGGCGUGUGGAGACAGAGAAAUGGACUGAAGAUAUGUACAUUCAUCACUGAGAUGGUCUGGAUUUGCAUUGUUUUUAAUGCUGCUAUGUGAAAUGCUGGCUACUGUGUACUCAGGACAACACGGUUUCUCUUUCUUGAUCUGUUGUGUCCUGUCUGUCUGUUCAUACUGCUGAAUUAUUGUCUCCUUUGGUUGACAACUAACCUUCCUUUAUCUCUCUGUUGAUGUUGAGUCUUUCAUUCAUAUAAUUUUGUGUUCCUUACACUUGUUACUUCACUGGCUAUUACCAUUGUUGUUAGAGGAAUUGUUCACCCAAAAACGAAAAUUUACUCACCCCAUGUUAUUCCAACCCAGCACUAUUUUCUUUCCUUUAUUUCCUUUGUGAAACACAAAAAGAUAUCUUAUGCAGUGUACAGUAUAUGAGCAGGUCUUCUCCAUACAAUGAAAGUGAAUAGCAAUUUUAAAUGUCCAAAAAAAGACAAAAAGCUCCAUAAACAGUAAUCCUCAUGACUGGUGCACUAUAGUCUUUUGAAGCCAUACGUUAGAUAAUGUUCUUCUGUUGAUUGGCAAACCAACACUCAUAAUCUUCUCCCCUGCCAUGGUUCUCAAAUAUAAUUUGCACCUGGGCUUGCUCAAUUCAACAAAUGGCGGCAAUGCCGUUGCUUCAGGUUUGAUAUCAUUGACGGUUUUAAAGCACGACCUGGAAUGAUAUUUGAAAGCAACAACAGAGCGAAGGUUGAUGCAAACUUGUUAUGUCAUCUCUAUAGAGCCUACAUAAUUGUUCUGCUCCCACCUAACUUCAUUUUAAUUGUAAUUUUUUAGGGAAAUAUUUUUCAUCUGUAGUACCUCAGCAAUUUAACAUCUAGGACUGUAAGGCCCUGGGAAAGAUGAACUACAUGUGAUAUAAAGUUUUUUGGUUUGGGUAUGAUUAUCAUUCAUGAUUAUUCAUGGGGAACCUGUGUUACUAAACAAGCAGUAGGUAUGAAAAUAUUACAGAAAUUAUUUAUUGUAAAACUGAAACAACAGAUAUUAGCAUUUACCCACAGGGAAGCUGCAAGGGCUAUUUUUGCUAGCUACUUGAGAAAAAUUAUUUUGUGUACCCUGCAUUCAUUCUAUGCUGCUAUUAGCUGCAUGGAAAGGAGGCUACUUAGGGGCUGUUCAGACCGAAUGCGUUCUUGCGCUAAAGAAAGCUAGAUGAAUGGAUCAGAAUGCAGGUGUCUCGAUGCAUUUUUUAUUUUUACAUGUUCAUUUUAUACAUUUGGCAGAGAUUUUUAUCCAAGCGACUCACAGUGCAUUCACCUUAUGUGCCAGAGAAAUAAGCGUGCAGCCAUCUUGAAAUUUUUGUCUUGGAACUUCCAGUCUAGUGGUCUUUAUAUAGAUAACUGAUUUUAAUGUCAAAGUAUAAUUAGCUAGCAAUGGGGAUUUACAGGUUAUAGAGUUGCCAAAAGUUAUCAUGAGUAUUUUAAAGUGUUUUAUUGGAUGUCGUAGCAGCUUGAAGCAGAGGAGGAAGGUUUCAAAACUAGAGUACUUUAUAUAUAAAUACACAUCCUAGCUUCAUGCCAUGGACAUACUGACAUGCCUCUGUGCUUAUGAAACUCCAGACAACACAAAGUCAUUGAAACAUUCUCUAUGACACCUCUGACCAUAUUCUCAUGUCAUUCACCCAUCGUGUUUUAGUACAAAGUGUUACACCAGGACUGGGGAUGGGGUGCCCCACACACACACACACACACACACACACACACAUGUUGGUGCAGCAAUUCUUAUGAUGACUCUCCAUAGACAUAAUGUUUUUUAUACUGUACAAACUAUAGAUUCUAUCCCCUAACCCUAACCCUAAACCUAACCCUCACAAAAAAAUUUCUGCAUUUUUAAAUUUUCAACAAAAAAAAAAAAAACAUCGUUUAGUAUGUUUUUUAAGCGGUUUGAAUUAUGGGGACACUAGAAAUGUCCUCAGAAACCAUUGUAAUUACCAGUUUGUAACCUAAAAAAUGUCCUCCUAAACCACACACACGCAAAUCUACAUGUGAAAGACCACUUGGAGACUGUGGUAUGGACCCCAUUUCACAGACUGUGAUGACAUGUUUCUGCCUUUUGUAGCAGCGUAAAUCUGGCAAACUUUUUUAUAUUUGCAAUUUAUAUAUACAUAUAAUUUUGUGUAAAUUCAUAACUUUAUACUUUGUAUUAUAUUACCCUGGAAUAAAAAGAAUAAAUAAAAUUAGUUGCCACAACUGCAAUGAGGUUUCUAAUACAGACAGAAAAUGUGGCUUCUUUUCAUCUUCUGACUUGUGUUAUCCACCGCUCUCUAUUUUUUAUUUUUUUAUUUUAGGAAAGCUGUGAAAGUGUAAUGGUGGAUUUGUUUUUUCUUUUACUGUUGAAGCAAACGGGUAAGCAAAAAUGAUAUUUGCUGUGGUCUCACAAGUUUAACCUGCUAUGGUUUACUCCCGCAUUCCAAACCCGGAUAUGUGUAAAGGGUCUGGGUCCCCUUAGGACACCCACCGGCACUUAUAUGAACGCGCGCAAUGAUUGACAGGCAGAAAGUCUUCUGAUUGGCUAAGCAAAUGAUCUGACCAUGGAGGACUUUUUCGCCGCUGUUACAGACAGAAAGGUGUGAUAUUUCAUGCCGCCUAUUUCAUUGACAUCUGACAGGUAAUAAGGGCGUUUUCUGCAUGUCAUUUAAUAAUAAUUAUUUAAAAAUCACCUUUAAAAGUUGAAGUUCUUUUUAACUUGAUACGGUGUCUAAAAAACUUGGCGCUCCAGCACGACGCAUCGCAACGGUCAAAGAUGUCAGUCUAACAUAUUUCAAUAAUAAUCAUAAUAAUAAUAAAAAUAUUACUACGCAAAAUCACAUUCGGUGUGAAUGGCCCUUCAUGCUUCAAACAUUCUCAUGCUUCUAGCCAUAAGGAUCAGAAGGUUGUUUUUUUAGCAUUUAGACAAACAGCCUAGGUUCAAAUGAUUUUCCUGAGAUUUUAUUUACGUACAGCUUUAAGAGCAUUGAAACUUUAAACACUGUUUAAUUUGGCCAGGCUUUGUGGAUUGUAAGUGGCAGAAGCCUGUACAGACUUUACUGAAGACAUUUUAUACAUUAUUAAAGGAUUGUUUGCUCCAAAGUCAUCUGUUGAGAAGGGCAGAUGAACCUUAAGUGUAGUGAAAUAAAAAUCUCAAAUACCAAUGUUCGUUGCUCAUGCAAAAUUAAUGCAAAUAAAUACUUUCGUUCUGUUCCAUAUUUGAUUAAUAUAAAAUGUGAUCCUUUUUAACCAAACAACUACAUAUAGACUAUUUCUGGUUUCAGCAUCAAGGCCUACUCAUAACAACACAUUCUGUGACCCUGGACCUAUUCAACAAUACUGGUCAAAAGUUUUGAAACACUUACUCAUUCUUUAUUAUAUAUAUAUAUGUAUUUUUUUUUUUUUUUUUUUUUUUUUUAACAUUUAAAAUAAUAGCAAAGUCAUCAAAACUAUGGGAUAACAUAAAUGGAACUAUGGGAAUUAUGUUGUGACUAAACAAAAUCCAAAAUAAAUCAAAACUGUGUUAUAUUUUAGCAUCUUCAAAGUAGUCACCCUUUGCCUAGAAUUUGCAGACAAGUACUCUUGACAUUUUCUCAACCAACUUCUUGAGGUAUCACCCUGGGAUGCUUUUUAAACAGCAUUGAAGGAGUUCCCAUCUAUGUUGGGCACUUAUUGGCUGCUUUUCUUUAUUAUUUGGUCCAAGUCAUCAAUUUCAAAAAAAAAAAAUUUUUUUUUUUUUUUUUUUAAUUACAUUUUAGUUUUAUAAUGAAAUAAAUUAAUAUGGUGGUACAAUCAUAUUUUUGUCUACAAAACUAAUUUCAAACAUUUAAGCAUAUGCCUUCAGAUCAAAAUAUUUUUAAGAUCAUGAGAAACAUUUCAGUCAAGUGUUUCAAAACUUUUGACUGGUAGUGUAUAUAUAUAAUUUUAUAAUUAAUUUAUUAUAAUUAUCACACAUAUACAGUGCAAUUCUUUUUUUCACAUAUCCCAGCUAAGCUGGGGUCAGAGUGCAGGGCCAGCCAUGAUACAGCACCCCUAAAGCAGAUAGGGUCAAGGGACUUGCUCAAGGGCUCAACAGUGGUAUCUUGGCAGUGCUGGGGCUUGAACCCCCAACCUUCUCAUCAGUAACCCAGAGCCUUAACCACUGAGCCACCACUGCCCCUAAAUAUGUAUAUUGAUUGGACAUGUUCUUUUUUCUUGCCAUACAUCUCAUGUCAAGUAAAAAGGCACACUUUUGUCCUGAAAGAAACAAGUACAAUAUUAAAAAAAUUUUUUUAAAAAGUUAUUUUAUCACUACAGCAUGGUAAGUUUUGAUAAAAAAGUAAACAAGUAUACAAAAAGUUAAACCUUUUAGAUCUGUUCAAUGGUUGAUACAUCUAUGACUUUUUAUUUGCAUUCCCUGAUACUGUUAUGUUUCCUGAGUACUCUAUGCAUUCGUUUUCAACAUUAUAUCUUGGAAAUUAUUUCUAUGCAUUUGUACAUACCUCAUAAAUGCCUUUGUAGAUAUGGACUGAUAAAACUGAUAACAGCUCCUGCUGCACUGUAAUAUAGAUGUAUUUCUAUAUUCACUUGGUCUGACAGUAAAUUGUCUUUAUUGAUAUGUCCUCCUUAACCAGUACUGCACACUUAAAAUGUAUAAUGUUUUAUCAUUUUUGUUGUGCAUUGUUUUGUUUUCCCAAAUAUAGCUUUCAUUGUGUAUUCACCUUGGAUUAGUCAGGGAAUACGAAACUAUACUUUGAAGUGUUUACUAAGAAGAACUUUUUUCUUACGAGUACACAUUCAGUAUACAGCACAUGCAAGUAUAAAAUCAGUGUAAAUAGGCAAUUUUAAAAUGUGUUUUUUAUACACUUCUAUUUGAAUGGAUUUUUGGGCAAAAUAAUUAUUUGCUUGCUUGGAAUUGCCACUGAAUUAAAAGUGGGUACAAUAUUUUCUGAAACUAAAAGCUGAAAUACCAGUUAAAUUCUCAUUCAACACUGUCCCUCUACUUCAGUACUGCCAUGUCAGCUAACUUUAUUUCAGCGUAUCCUGUUUUUU